GUUUGUGAACUGAGGGGCACUGGACAAAAGACGACACCAGAGAUGGCUAGCAGGAAAGCAGUGACACGUGGCAAGGCCGCAGCUAAACGUGCCCAGAGAGGGUCCUCCAAUGUCUUCUCCAUGUUUGAGCAGUCUCAGAUCCAGGAAUUCAAGGAGGCUUUCAGCUGUAUAGACCAGAACCGGGAUGGUAUUAUCAGCAAGUCUGACCUCAAGGAGACCUACAUGCAGCUGGGUAAAUUGAACGCAAAUGAGGAGGAGCUUGAUGGAAUGCUGAAGGAAGGAAAAGGUCCUAUCAACUUCACUGUGUUCUUGUCACUGUUUGGAGAGAAGCUUAAUGGGACAGACCCAGAGGAUUCUAUACUCAGCGCCUUCAAACUUCUGGACCCCAAUGCAACUGGAAAUAUCAACAAAGAUGAGUUAAAACAGCUACUGAUGACACAGGCGGACAAAUUCACAGCAGAAGAGGUGGAACAAAUGUUUGCUGUGACCCCAAUCGAUGUGGCCGGUAACAUCGACUACAAGUCUCUGUGUUACAUCAUCUCACACGGAGACGAGAAGGAAGAGUCCUGAGCUGAUGAUGUUGAUAUGUGAAUUAAAUGCUCUAUUUUCUAUAUCA